AAAGCCUGUGUUUGCUUUGGGGAGAAAGGGGUUAAAGCCCCCCCCUCCACAAACAGACCGGUGGCCUGUGCUCGCACUGCGCUGACAGAAACACAGCCUGUUCAGUGUGUGUGUGUGUGUGUGUGUGUGUGUGUGUGUGUGUGUGUGUGUGUGUGUGUGUGUGUGUGUGCAGCAGCAGCAGCUCACACAAAUGUCUCGGUAAGUGGAAGAAACGGAGGACCGGCUGCACGCACCGCCUGCCUCAUUUCUCUCUGUCCUUCUCCUUCACCUCCGCUGAGACGUCCAGACUGGACAUCCAAGGAUGUACAGCAAGAUAAGGAGCAGCAAAGGUCAGCGAGCCGGAUCGAUGCUCUUAUCGGUGAUAAAGUAGAACAAAAAAACAACAAAACAAAAAAAAAAAACAGCAGCUGUCUGCUUCGCAUGAACCCUGGAAGGAUCCGGCUCGGCUUCUCGGUCGUCUCCAAAGACUCAGGAUGAGGAAAGCCAAAGUCAUCCGGAUGGUUUUUGCCUUGUGUCUGGGAUGUUUCAUCAUGGUCAUCCUCUACUUCAACAGCAGUCUGAAGCCAGCAUCGGAGCCGCUCGGUGAAAGAAGCAGUGGGCAGAAGUCGAGGAGGAGUCCUCUACAGACGCUCUAUGAUGGUGACCAGGUUGAGUCACCAGUACAGGCAGUCCAUCAAGGCCGACGGGAGGUGUUAGAAGAAGCCUGCCGCUCCUACACCCGCAAACGUAGAGUCCUCAUCCCCGAGGACCUGAAGCACGUCAUUGUGGAUGACCAGCAUGGCUUGCUGUACUGCUACGUCCCCAAAGUGGCCUGCACCAACUGGAAACGGGUGCUCAUGGUUCUGACAGGUGUUGCCGGGUCCCUCCGAGACCCACUGGCAAUCCCCGCCAACGAGGCCCACAUUCCAGGAAACCUCCGCACUUUGUCGGAGUACUCCACCUCCCAGAUUAACCAGCGCCUGCGCUCCUACCUGAAGUUCGUCUUCGUCCGUGAGCCCUUUGAGCGGCUGGUGUCUGCAUACCGCAACAAAUUCACGCGGAGCUACAACACAGCUUUUCAUAAACGAUAUGGCACAAAGAUAGUGCAGCGGCACAGACCGGACCCACAGCCGGAAGCUCUGGAGAGAGGAAAUGAUGUCUCCUUUGAGGAGUUUGUGUAUUACCUCGUGGACCCGGCCACCCAGCGAGAAGAGCCAUUCAACGAGCACUGGGAGCGGGUGCACUCGCUGUGCCACCCAUGCCUCAUCCACUAUGAUGUGGUGGGUAAAUACGAAACGCUGGAGCAGGACUCCCGCUACGUGCUACAGCUGGCCGGGGUGGAGGACCAAGUCAGCUUCCCCACCUCGUCCAAGAGCACCAGGACUACAGGAGACAUGGCAGCCCAGUUCUUCCACAACAUCAGCCCCUUCUACCAGAAGAAGCUGUACAACCUCUAUAGAAUGGACUUUCUGCUCUUCAACUACUCUAUACCAGCUUACCUCAAGUUUAGAUGAGGCUGGGAUGUUACUUAUCCACGGACUCGACUUGAACUUGUGGAGCGUGGACUCUUGUAGACGUACAGUUUGUUUUAGAGAUGUUUCUCUCUUUGCAGGCCUUAUACAGACACUGCAAAUGCUGUUUAAAAUGUACCCUCCACGUUAAAUGACUUAUUUUUACAGACAGAACAUCGAGCUGAAGAACCUCUGUGCAUACAAAGGAUACGAGGGACAUUUCAUCACAAAGUCGUUGCCUGAAGAAGGCAAAUUAUUUUACUGUAAACGGUGAUCCGGAGGAUGUCGGUCACUGUCUUUGAAUGUGUGAAAUACCAUUCAAUUUUUAUUUUCAUUUCGGUUGUCUGCUGUUUCAAAAAUGUCAUUUGCACGAUAUGUAAUCUUUACAAGGUGAAGUAGUUUAAUUAAAGUAUUAAAAUCUUUAUUUAGACAGUGAAUGUCUCCAAACAUAUGUGCCUUUAAACACAGGCCUUUUUUUCCACCCCUGCAGACAAUGACAACUUUUGUAACUGUGACUUUAUUUUUUGUUCUGUAGGAAGACAUUUUUUUGUGUAAUUAUGAUAUUGCCUUAAUUUAUUGUGUUAUUUUUGACUCCACAAGUCAGACAAACCAAAAUAGAUAGUUUAUCUCACAGUUUUCAAAUAAAU